GCGAGCAGUUCGGAGCGGAUCGACGGUACAGAGUGUUGGUGUCCAUCGAAUCGAACGUCAGUUCCUGGAUUCGAACAUGUUGUGGAUAAUGGGGCUAGUAGUGACCGCCAUGCGGCUCUAUUACGAGGCAAAUGCCACUGUGGCAAAUGUCACGGUGAUUGAAGACAUUAGGAACGCCUUCAGAGGCGUCACCAAUGAUACGGAGUUGGUGAAUCACAUAAUACCGGAAAUGUACGGGGCGAGCAUGCGUAGUGCGAAUCCCUCGUUUGUCUUUAAAAUGCCCAGAAAAUCGAUCGGUGGUGGUGAUGUCUUUGAGCUGCUAACAAUGCAGCGAUCCGAUUUCGCGGAACCAAUCUUUCCCAAUGUCACCCACUUGGCCACGGUCAUAGAUUCAUCCGCCACGACUCCGCCGGACACCAGCGUGAAGACCAGUCUGGUCAAAACGCCGCAACUGGAGUGGCAGCAGAUGGGACUGGAUGGAUGGACAGGGGAGUUAAAGCCCCCAGAGCCAUGGCUGGAACAGGGUCAUAAGGACACUAGCCCGCCUAUCAGCUGGCAGAACUCGUAUCCCCAUGAUGAGAUACACCUUGACUUCAAGAACAAUCAUUUCGAUGGCCGGGUGACGGACAUACGUGUGAUAACAUCAACAACUGGUAAACCAGCGGAGGUGGAAGACCUGAUGAAUGGCCAAAAUGUAUAUAUAGCAAGGGUAAACGAUCCUUUUGGAUUCUCCAUGAAGUGGAGCUUCAAUAAUGACAGCGGUCAGGAGCAAGAACUUUUGCAAGAGGGAGAUCGUGGUAAAAGGGAUGUAGCUCGGCUAUACUCCAUGAUCAAGUGUUCCACGGGUUGUGACCCGCUGAUUUACAAGGGCUAUGGCUGCUAUUGUGGAUUCGGCGGACACGGAGUUCCCGCCGAUGGCAUCGAUCGCUGUUGUCGCCUGCAUGACAAGUGUUACGGCCAAAGCAACUGCAUCUCCUAUCUGGAAUACUUUGUGCCCUAUAUAUGGAAGUGUUAUCGUGGCAAACCACUUUGCGCCGUAGACCAUGGAGAAUUCGGUGGCCCCGAUUCCUGUGCUGCCCGUCUCUGCCAAUGCGACCUGCGACUCUCCAGAUGUCUAAAGAAGUUCUACUGUCCGCAACGUCGCUCCAUUUGCCACUCAUCCAGAUCUCGGCGCUUACAGAACCUCAUAUUUUUCGAUUGA